AUGACGGAAUCCCGUCUGGGUACUCUCUGUUUCUUCGUCUCCUUACUGGGUUUCGCUCAUUUCUCCUUUUCGCAGAGCGGCGUCGACGAUCCGACUAUGCAAGCACUCAAAUCGAGCCUGAAUCUCACAUCGGACGUCGAUUGGUCUAACCCUAAUCCUUGCAAAUGGGAAUCUGUUCAGUGCGACGGGAACAAUCGGGUCACUAGGAUUCAGCUCAAGCAGAAAGGAAUCACCGGAACUCUCCCUCCGGAUCUUCAGAAUCUCUCUGAAUUGACUGUCCUCGAGCUCUUCCUCAACCGAAUCUCCGGUCCGAUUCCCGAUCUCUCCGGCCUCGGUCGUCUCCAGACGCUGAAUCUCCACGAUAACCUCCUCGAUUCGGUACCGAAGAAUCUCUUCACCGGCAUGAAUUCGCUCCAGCAAGCGUUCCUCGAGAACAAUCCGUUUGCUCCUUGGGAAAUCCCAGAAACCAUCAAAGAUGCAACGUCUCUCCAGAAUCUCACUCUCUCCAGCUGCAACAUCACCGGAAAAAUCCCAGAUUUCUUGAACUCUCAAACGCUUCCGAGUCUGACCAAUCUGAAACUAUCUCAGAAUUUCCUCCACGGUGAGUUACCGGCGAGCUUUGCAGGCUCUUCGCUACAAACUCUCUACUUGAACGGUCAAUUGGGUGAAGAGAAGCUAAACGGAUCGAUCUCGAUACUGCGGAACAUGACUUCGCUCGUUGAAGUUUCUCUACAAGGAAACGCCUUCUCAGGUCCAAUCCCUGAUCUCUCCGAUUUGAAAUCUCUCCGCGUAUUCAAUGUAAGAGAUAAUCAGAUCACCGGCGUCGUUCCACAUACUUUGAUCGGUUUAAACUCGCUCACAACUGUGAAUUUAACCAAUAAUCUGCUUCAAGGACCUACUCCAUUGUUCGGCAAAUCCGUUGGUGUCGAUAUAUUCACCAACACGAAUAGCUUUUGCCUCAGUGCAGCUGGUUCUCCGUGUGAUCCUCGCGUCGAUACUCUGCUCUCUGUAGCGGAAUCGUUAGAUUAUCCGGUGAAUCUUGCGCGUGCUUGGAAAGGAAACGAUCCUUGUGUUAACUGGGUUGGGAUUACUUGCUCUGGAAGUAACAUUACAGUGGUUAAUCUGAGGGAGAAGGAGCUCUCGGGGACGAUAUCUCCGAGUUUAGCCAAGCUUGCUUCUUUGGAAACAAUCAUUCUCUCUGAUAAUGAACUUACCGGGUCUAUACCUAACGAGCUCACCACAUUGCCUAAGCUUAGGACGCUCGAUGUGUCUAACAAUGAUAUCUUCGGUCAAGUGCCGAGUUUCCGGAAAGAUGUGCAUUUGGUGAUUGAUGGAAAUGUUAACAUCGGAAAGGACGGACCUAGCCGACCGGCUGGUUCUCCUAGAGGUUCAGGGGGAAGCGGAGGAGGUUCUGGAGGAAGUGGUGGUGGUGGCGGUGGCAGCGAGAGUUCCAAGAAAUCAAGCAAUGUGAAGAUUAUUGUUCCUGUGGUUGGCGGUGUGGUUGGUGCGUUGUGUCUGGUUGGGCUUGGAGUGUGUGUCUACGCGAAGAAAAGAAAGCGGCUCGCUAGAGUUCAGAGUCCAUCAAGCAACAUGGUGAUUCACCCGCAUCACUCCGGUGACAGCGAUGCCAUCAAGCUUACUGUCGCAGCUUCUAGCCUUAACAGUGGGGGAGGAGGAACCGACACCGGUGGUUACAGUCACAGCGGAAGUGCGACGAGUGAUAUUCACGUUGUGGAAUCUGGCAAUUUGGUUAUAUCUAUACAGAUUCUGAGGACUGUGACUAACAACUUCAGCGAAGAGAACAUCCUCGGGAGAGGCGGUUUCGGGACGGUUUAUAAAGGCGAGCUCGACGAUGGGACGAAGAUAGCCGUGAAGAGGAUGGAGUCUUCGGUAGUGAGUGACAAAGGACUCGGUGAGUUCAAAUCAGAGAUCACUGUGUUGACUAAAAUGCGUCAUCGUCAUCUCGUUGCGCUUCAAGGGUAUUGCCUUGACGGGAACGAGAGGCUUCUUGUCUAUGAGUACAUGCCACAGGGAACACUUAGCCAGCAUUUGUUCCACUGGAAAGAAGAAGGGCGUAAACCGCUUGACUGGACUAGACGGUUGGCGAUCGCGUUGGAUGUAGCUCGUGGUGUUGAGUAUCUGCACACGCUUGCGCACCAGAGCUUCAUCCAUAGGGAUCUAAAGCCAUCUAACAUCCUUCUUGGUGAUGAUAUGCGCGCUAAAGUCUCUGACUUUGGGUUAGUCCGUUCAGCCCCUGAGGGCAAAUACUCCAUCGAGACUCGCGUCGCUGGCACUUUCGGUUACCUUGCCCCUGAAUACGCAGUGACUGGGAGAGUGACGACGAAAGUGGACAUUUUCAGCCUCGGGGUGAUACUUAUGGAGCUAAUCACUGGUCGUAAAGCCUUGGACGAGUCGCAACCAGAGGACAGUGCCCAUCUAGUGUCAUGGUUCCGUCGGAUAUCAGCGAGCAAAGAGGAGAAUGCGUUUGAGAAGGCGAUCGACCCGAACAUCAGCCUGGACGAAGUGACCUUAGCGAGUAUCGAAAAAGUUUGGGAGCUUGCUGGUUAUUGCUGUGCACGUGAGCCUUACCAAAGACCUGACAUUUCUCACAUCGUGAACGUGCUUUCUUCACUCACCGUCCAAUGGAAACCGUCUGAGGUCGACCCCGAGGACCAGUACGGGAUCGACUACGAUACUUCGCUGCCGCAGAAGCUUGACCAAUGGAAAGCUUCGGCGGGACAUAGCCUGACGGAGGAUGACUUGGGAUCUUCGUCUUCGGUUUAUGGAAGCAAAGACAAUACGCAGACGAGUAUCCCAACUCGUCCAUCUGGGUUUGCUGAUUCGUUCACUUCUGUUGAUGGACGUUGA